AUGCUCUCAGGGAUACUGGUGUUUAACCAAAAAGGUGAGAACCUGAUCUUCCGGGCCUUCCGCAGCGAUUGUCGCCCUCGCCUCGCCGACAUCUUCCGCAUCCAAGUCAUCUCCAACCCGCAAGUCCGAUCCCCGAUCCUGACCCUAGGCUCGACCACCUUCAGCCAUGUCAAACACGAGAAUAUCUACAUCGUCGCCGUGACGAAGAGCAAUGCCAAUGCUGCGCUUGUCUUCGAGUUUCUCUAUCGGCUCAUCUUGCUGGGCAAGAGCUACUUCGGCAAGUUUGACGAGGAGGCCGUCAAGAACAACUUUGUGCUCAUUUACGAAUUGCUCGAUGAAAUUCUCGACUUCGGAUACCCCCAGAACACGGAGACCGAUACCUUGAAAAUGUACAUCACAACCGAAGGCGUGAAAUCCGCCAUUGUCAACUCCGCCACAGACUCCAGUCGCAUUACGCAGCAAGCAACCGGCGCACUCUCAUGGCGCCGUGCAGACGUCAAGUACCGCAAGAACGAAGCCUUCGUCGACGUAAUUGAAGACGUCAACCUCCUGAUGUCCGCCACCGGCACCGUCCUGCGCGCCGACGUCAACGGCCAGAUUGUGAUGCGGGCCUACCUCUCCGGCACCCCGGAGUGCAAGUUCGGACUGAACGACCGCCUCCUGCUCGACACGGGUGACGCGUCCGGUCCCAGCAGCGGCCGCAACGGCGGGGGAGCUGGGAACGGCAAGACGCGGGCUGCAGCGGGCUCCGUGACGCUGGAAGACUGCCAGUUCCACCAGUGCGUGAAACUGGGUCGGUUCGACGCGGACCGGAUCAUCUCCUUUGUGCCGCCGGAUGGCGAGUUCGAGCUGAUGCGGUAUCGGGCGACGGAGAACGUGAACCUGCCGUUCAAGGUGCACCCGAUUGUGCGGGAGAUCGGAACGACAAAGGUCGAGUAUAGUGUGGCGAUCAAGGCGAAUUACAGCACAAAGCUCUUUGCCACCAACGUGGUCAUUCGCAUUCCGACCCCGCUGAAUACGGCGAAGACGACGGAGCGGACGAGCCAGGGGCGCGCGAAGUAUGAGCCUGAGCAGAACAAUAUUGUUUGGAAGAUUCCGCGGUUCUCGGGCCAGAGCGAGUAUGUGCUUAAUGCGGAGGCUACGCUGACGACUAUGACGCAUCAGAAGGCGUGGAGUCGGCCUCCGCUAAGUCUGUCGUUUAGUCUGCUCAUGUUUACUUCGUCGGGCCUUUUGGUGCGUUAUCUCAAGGUCUUUGAGAAGAGUAACUAUAGUUCUGUCAAGUGGGUGCGCUACAUGACUCGGGCGGGAAGCUACGAGAUCCGAUUUUAG